CAAUUUUUUUCCUGGAAUUUUUCCUUUUUUCCCCCCCUGUUUUUUCUCAUAAGCCCUGGGUCUUCAGAUGGAGUGUUUGCCUCAUGAGUCCCAUUUAGAAUGGAGCUUUGUGGGAGGCUAGUUUCGUCUUUGGCAUACUGUGCAUCAUGGGCUCCUCAGUGCAGUUUACUGUUGCCAUCACAUCUCUUCUCCUUGGCCCAUACUGCUACUGGUCGCUUGGUGGGAUCGCUUGGACCAACUACCCAUGUUAUGCAGUCCUGUUCCCCUUUCCCUGCGCUGCCUUCCCAAACUUCUGCAAAGACCCAUCACGUUAUGAGUGGUUCCACCUCAUCCUGCAGAUACUGGACCUGCACUCACAUUUGGCCAUAUUCUGUGCACCUUUGGUUUUUGUGAUGACUUUUGUGAGACUGCUCCAGUUGGGACAUUUAAACACGAGCAUCCAUCACAUCAGGGAAGGUGGAUUGCCACCUUUAAUGGCAGCCAGGAGGGCAGCACAGCUGUGCAAGGGCAGGCAGAUCCUGAAUGCACUUGCAUCAAGUCGUGCCCCUGAAGCCAUGUGCAUCAUUCCAUUAAAUUACUGCACGAACCAGUAA